UAAAAUCAAACGCAGUGAAACAAAAACAAAAACCCUCGGCCGCAUUAGCUUCUUCUUCGUCUUCUUUCUUCUUCACUUCUGCCUCUUAGGGUUAAGCAAGAGAGAAACUAGAGAUGAGGUUGAUAACGCACAACAUGCUUUCCUGCAACAUCAAAGGAGUCACCAGUGGAUUUCCUCUACGGAUCGAAGCUGGGAACGUGAUUGAGAAGGAAGUCGAUUUCAAUCCCGAUUUUAUCAGGCACAUGUUCGCGAAGAUUGAGUGGAAAGCUCUGGUGGAAGGUGCGCGUUCCAUGGGAUACGCUGAGUUACCGGAGGAAUCUCCGGACGCCGCGGUGCUGAAAUCAGAUGAGCCCUUCCUUAAGAAACUCCACCACGCGUUGCUCGAGCUCCACCUUGAGGAAGGCGCGCUUGUUUGCCCUGAGACUGGACGGAAGUUUCCGGUUAAUAAAGGAAUCCCAAAUAUGCUUCUCCAUGAAGACGAGGUUUAAUUGAUUGUGAGAUUUUUCCUUGUAAGUUUCAAUCUAUGAUGUUUCUGAUGAUGUGAACCUUUUAGUGAGAUAUGCAAUUGAAUGAUUCCAUUUGAAUCAUCCAUUGUUGUCGUUUUGAAUCCUUUAAUUGUGUUUUAUCAAAGAAUGGUGCCUGAUUGCAAAAAAGUUUAUACCCUGAUUUUGAGUAUUGUUUCAAGUAGUUGGUCACUGUUCUUUAUUAUUGGUGCAUCUUGUGAAUUUGGAUUGCAUUGUUG